AUGCACACUGCUUUCCAUCAUUGGAGAAAGGUUUCAAGAUGCCGUCCUCAAAGAUUAUGUAUUGAAUCUGGAAUUGUCGCUGAAGGCUCUGUUUCUGCCCUGCGAGAAGGUCGAAGCUGUAACAAAGCUAUUCGAGUCCAUAAACUUGCAUAUGAGGCAUUGGUGAGAGUAGCCUGGAGGGGAUUUCAACCUUGGGUAGAUGAGCGUUAUCCUAUAGACAUGGAUCACAUUAGGAGAGCUCUGGACGAAGUUGCCAACCUAGGAAAUGAUUUAACCAAGGACAACCACGAUCGUGUUAUAGAGAGCCAGCCGUUCAAGUGUCUAAAUGAGCGCUUUGAAGAAUAUGUAGACCAUCUCCGAAAAACAAAUGGUCCUCUCUCAGCAUUCUGGAUGUCAUAUAUUGACAUGGUUGAGCUA